AUGCCAGCCCCUCGUGCCAUUCGAAACAGGAAUAAGCAGUUCGAUAAGAACAUCACAAAGCGUGGGAAUGUACCCAUUGGCAAGGCUGCUGACCACGAAGAUGAAUUCCCUGUCUCCAAGGCUUUGAUCAUUUUCUUCCUGAUUGUGGUUGUUGGAUCCAGUCUGACGCAGGUUUUUAACCUUUUCCAACGCGCCCCUCUUGACCUGGGAGAGUAA